UGAUACUGAAAAAAAAAGCUAUUUAUAUAUUCCCAAUUAAGUAGAGCUAGAUUUACAUUUUACAAAUAAAUUAUUUUAUUAAUUUUAAAAUAUAUUUUAAAAAAAACGUUCAUACUAGUUCUCAUUUUUUUAAUUAAUUAAACGGCAAAUUUGUUUAUCAUGGCGACAGCACGGGCAAACCUAAUAAGUGUGAAUUUUGAGGUUUUCGGAAAAGUUCAGGGUGUCUUCUUUAGAAAACACACCCAAAAGGAAGCUACAAAGUUGGGAUUAACUGGAUGGGUCCAAAAUACUCCUGCUGGGACUGUAGUAGGUGUUAUAGAAGGAACUGAAGAUAAGGUCAAACUUAUGAAGAAGUGGCUAGCUGAAACUGGCAGCCCUAAGUCAGUGAUCAAAAAAUGUGUUUUCAAUGAUGAAAAGAUGAUUGAAGCAAAAAUGUAUUCUUCUUUUUCAGUCAACAGAGAUUAAGUCAAAAUAUCCUAUUCUAGUUCAAAUUUGUUAUUUUAAUAGGUGCUAUUUAUAAUUGUUUACACUUUCAUUUCAUAAUGGUAUUGCAAUUAAUUUGUUAAUAUUUGUAUAUUGCCAUUUGUAUAUUGUGGUUUUGUUUCUUUAUGAUAAGACUUAACUCUUCCUGAUUUGUUUAAUUAUUAUAUUUUUUUACAUUUAUAUCUAACUAAGAUAGCAUAUUGUUGACAUGCUGCACUUAAGUGCAUUGGUAUAAAACUUAUUCCCAAGAUUUUGUCAACGUGUUUCAAAUAAAAGUGUUGGCAUAAUA